AUGGUUCGUGAAUCUGGAAGUUCGCCGCGAGGAACGAUCGCCGCGGGAGAUAGGCGCGAAAGGAAGGGAAAGGAUCGCGAGGGCGUGACGAGAAAAGGAAAGGCUUCUGCCGUAGCGUCGGUUGAGAGAUGUGACGGAUCGGUGGAGAGAGGGGAGGGAGAACGAGGCGGAGACAGAUCGAAGCACGCUCGGCGGGGGCGUGGCGGAAAGAAGCGGGUGGGUGCGGCGGAACAGGCGCUCGGAAGUCGCGGAGAAGAGGAAACAGCGGGCGAAGGACGGGCUGGUUUGAAGGGGCACGGGGCGACAAAAGAGGCGAGGGGGGUGGCGGAAACAGGGCGACGAGGUCGCGCGGUUAAGGCGAAGGCGGAGGGACGCGUAGGGCGCUUAGAGGAGCGCCAAGGCGGAGCGGAGGGCAGAGGCGGGGUGGAAAGAGGCGGGGCGGAGCGGAGCCUGUUGCGCGGAUUGAGGCUGGAAGACUUCCCCCCGGCGGAGCAAGGCGCGCUGGUGGCGGAGAGGCAGGCGGAGAGUGAGACUCUAGAGGAGGAAGAAGAAGGGGAGGGGGAGGAGGAGGUGCGGGGAGGAGAGGAGGAAGAGGAGGUGGUGGGAUUGGAAGGAGGGAGUGAGGAGGGGGGAGGGGAGGCGGUGCAGGAGGAGAUUCAGGGGCUGCUGAGAGAGGCGAUAGCUGCAGAAGAGGCGGAGGCUCGGCAAGUCGAGGCUCGGCAAGCUGAGGCUCGGCAAGUACGGGCUCGGCAAGUUGAGGCACGAUCUGCUCCAACUGUAGCAGGGACAGCAGCAGCAGGGAAAGUAACAAGGCGAGUGAAGAGGGGUUGGGUAGAAGGGGUGAUCGGAAGAGGCAGGGAGGGAAGAGAGAGAGAGGGAAGCGGCGGAAACAAGAGGUUAGGCGAGCUGGAGGUUGCAGGGUUGCGAGAUAGGGAGGGUGAGGAGGGAGGGGCAACAAUAGGCGAGGGAGGGAGGGCAUUGAGGGUAGUUGCGACGCAGACGCACACAGAGACAGUGCCUGUGUCGGAAGAGCAGCAGGUGGUGACAGUCACAGAGACCACGGUGCAGCUGCAGGUGCAGCAAGUGGGUGUGCAGGGGGCGGAGGGUGAACAGGCUGCGGCAGAGGCUGAGGCUGAGGAAGAUGCGGUUGAAGUCACGCCGUCAGCUGCUCCUGCUGUGCCUCCUGCUUGGCGCCUGGACGAGCAGCAGCCCAGCGAGUCACGUCAGGGCGAGAAGGGCCUAGUGGUUCAUGAGGUGGGGAAACAGAGUGCAGGCGACACAGGGGCGGCUGAUGCUGCUGCUGGGCCGCGGGGUGUGAAGCGCCCUGCUGCUGUGAUGACCCAGGCAGGUGGAGGGGGGGCUGGAGGAGGGGAGGGGGCUGGUGUGGGUGGGCCUAGUCUUGCUGUGGCCGGGCCUACUCUCAGAGGCCCUGGAAUGAUGGGGCUGGGCGGGAUGGUGACAGCGAUGGACGAGAGAAUGAUGGAGGUGGUGGUGAGGCAUGCACUGCAGGCACGAGAGGAGGCGCAGAGGAGGAAGGUGCAGGAGAGUGCUCGGGCUGUGCGGGACAUGCGGGGACGGAUGGAGAGGCGGAGGAGGGAGGCGAGGCGGAUGGAGGAGGAGCGGGAUGAACGGCUGAGGGAGAUGGAGGAGGCGGUUCACGAGCUGGUACGUGCGUGGUGUGUGCGUGCUGGUGGCUUGCAGGUGGCUUGCAGGUGUGGUGCGAGAGAGGAGGCGCAGAGGAGAGCCGUGCAGGAGCGUGCGUGCGCUGUGAGGGACAUGCGGGGGAAGCUGGAGAGGAGCAGGAGGGAGGUGGGGCGGAUGGAGGAGGAGCGGGAUGAGCGGCUGAGGGAGAUGGCCGAUGCAGUGCAAGAGCUGGUGGGGCGGGUGGAGAGCCUUGAGGGGGUGGCGAGGGCGGAGAGCCUUGAGAGGGCGGCAAAGGAAGCGCGAGGGGUGGCAGAGAGGGCAGAGGGGGACAAGGCAGUGCAAGAGGCGAAGAUCAGAGCAAGCUACGAGGUGGAGCUGUGUGUGUAUGGGAUAAACGGGUGCGAGGAUGGGUUUGUGUUUGUUAGCACCUGGCCCUCCGUUCUUGCACCCUUUGGGUUCGCGCACGUGUGUACUCCACCAUGCAUCUUUCCCUCUUCCUCUUUCCUGUCUCCUCUUUCCCGUCUCUUUCCCGCCCCCCCUUUCCCUUCUCUUUCCCCCUCUCCCUUCCAUCCCUUGUUCGAAUCUUGCCCACUCUCUCUUGCUCCUCUUCUUCAGGCACUACUGGGGGGUGACAAGGAAGGGGAAGCACUGGCAGAGGCAGAGAGGCAGCUGGAAGCGCAGCAGGCAGAGUUGGGGGCGCUAGAGGCCAAGCAGGCAGCGCUAGCGGACGAGCUCAAGGCCAGGUUCUGGAGCACUGUGAGGAGCGAGCUGUACGAGGGGCGCUCGUAG